AUGUCCACAGUCUCUCUAGUCCCCGAGACCCGGGUCCUUGCCAUUGCAAGCCAUGUAAGUCAUUUUGUCAAAUGCGGUCAUGAUCCCCAUAUAAGUUAUGUCGGAAACAAAAUGGCAACGCUGGUCAUGCAACUACUGGGCUGUGAUGUUGCCGCGUUGAACACCGUCCAUUUCAGCAACCAUACUGGCUACAGGCAGUUCAAAGGCACAAGGGCAACCGCUGAGCAGAUUACUGAACUCUAUGAGGGCCUAUGCCAGAGCCACCUAACAGACUUCGACGUCAUGCUGUCCGGCUAUGCGCCCAGCGCCGCAGCCGUCGAGGCUGUAGGAGCCAUCGGCAUGGACCUGCAGCGCAAGGCUGAAAAGAACCCCGGCUCUUUCUUCUGGGUCCUGGACCCGGUAAUGGGCGACCAGGGCCGCCUAUACGUUAGCAAUGACGUGGUGCCGGCCUAUAAGACGAUCAUCCACCACGCGGACCUGAUUCUCCCCAAUCAGUUCGAGGCCGAAACCCUAUCCGGAAUCAAAAUCACCUCCCUCAGCACGCUAGCCGAAGCCAUCACCGCCAUCCACGCCACCUACAACGUCCCCCACAUAAUCAUCACUUCCGUCGACCUGUCCAGGUUCACCCAAUCACCCUCAUCGCAGACCACCACCCCACCAGACAGCCUGACCGUCAUCGGCUCAACAACCCGCUCCGACGGUCCCCGCGUCUCUUCCGCAUCGACGUCCCAGCCCUGGACUGCUACUUCAGCGGCACAGGUGACAUCUCCGGACGACAAAGUCCUGGGUGUCCCCCGACGAGGUCAAGGCCACGGAUCUCCCUCUGCGCGAGCGACCGUCCAGGUUCUGGCGAGCAUGCACAGCGUGCUCGAGAAGACGAUGGAGGCGCGCGAUGCGGAGCUCCGGGCGGCUGAUACCCGGGGCGAUGAGACGCUUAGUGAAGAGGAGAGGCUGAAGCGGGAGCACCUGCGGAAGAGUAAAGCGGCUGAGGUGAGAUUGGUGAGGAACGUGCAGUACCUGCGUGAGCCGACGGUGGUGUUCCAGGCGCAGGAGUGGAGGAAGGAAGAUUUACCGGCGGGGAGCCAAUAG